AUGCCUUCGUCUAAAGCCAAGUACAGCUAUUCGAUAAAGAGGAGUGCGAACCCGGGCGGUGGCAGCGGUAGCGGCGGCGGCAGAAACAUGACAACAAACAGGGAUUAUUCUGUUAAUCUGUCGGUGCAGCAAGUGCUGAGCCUUUGGGUGCAAGGCACGACGCUGCAGCACUUCACAGAGAUGUGGUACUGGGUGUUCCUGUGGUGUCUCUUCUCCUCCCUCUUCGUCUACGGGGCGGUGGGGCUGCUCAUGUUGGUCAUGCUGCAGCGCCAUAAGAGGGGUCGCCUCAUCACCCUGGUGCUGGUCAGCGUGGGUUUCCUGGCCUCCCUCUCCGGAGGCGUCAUCACCAGCGCUGCGGUGGCGGGGGUGUACCGCGUGGCAGGGAAGGACAUGGCACCGCUGGAGGCUCUGGUGUUGGGCGUGGGCCAGACAGCCCUCUCCAUCAUCAUAUCCUUCUCACGCGUCCUCGCCACUCUGUGAAGCGAAACCCCUCGACGAGUAGAAGCACAGACGCUGAGACAAGAACGAAUGAAUCAAGCCAGUCCGAGAUUUCUCGGUGGCUGGGUUUGUUUAAGGAGACGAGGCAGAGAUGCUCUGGACCUUUGGGGCUGGAUGUAGGAGACAGCACCCCCCGGUGUCUUUGCUCUGUUACUGCCACAAUCACACUGCAAUUCAGAGGGAACUCGAUGCAGGCCGGUUGUCUUCGUGUCAGAGAGCAGCACCAGGCGGAGACGGCCCAAUCCUUAUCUUGUUGGCUUGAAAGCCAUGUUUUGGGGUGUUUCCAGAGUUACAUCACUUCUAUAUGCCAACAGCCUUCUCUGGGACAUCCAGAUGCCUUUUAUGGCCACUGACUCUUUAAGGCUUUCUGUUGCACUUGUGGGCGGAGGGGAAGGGAAACCUCUUCUUUUUUUUGUUUUUGUUUUUUAAAGCAGAGUGACGACUUGUAAGGAUGAUCUGAUGAUCUCCUUCGGUGAUCAGUGGGAGAACUAAAUUUGAGCAAUGCGAGGUGUUUAGGGAGUGACCCAACAUUUUUUCUUCAGUAUUAAACCCCAGCCUCACCUCUCGGUCUUCACGUACGGUUUAUCAUGAUCAGUCCUUGCCCUUAACUGGUUUUAAAGCUGCACCCUCCAACUCACGAGCGACAUGCAGCUUUGAAUUUUGCACUUUGUAAAUGUUUGAGACGCUUUUUGCCUAACAGUGUGUGAAAUCAGUAGACGAGGAGGAGAAAACCAGCAUCGCCGCUACGUUUGGUUUAAAAUAUAUUUUCAUUGUGUGCCAACGAGAACUUAACGAUUGGAGUUAAGGGCAUGUUUUGACACAUAGGGAAAUAUGCUCAUUCGCUUUCUUGCUGAGAGAUACAUAAGGACAUGCCACUCUCCCGUCUGUAUGGUAAAUAUGAAGCUACAGUCCGCAGGUGGCUAGCUUAGCUUAGCAUAAAGACUGGAAACAGGAGGAAACAGCUAGCCUGGCUCUGUCCAAAGUUAACAAAAUCUACCUACCAGCAACUCUAAAGCUUAAUCAUUACCAAGUUAGCUUGUUUAGUUUAAAGAACCCCUAUUAUACUCCUUUUCCGCGUCAUAUUUGUACUGUUAGGGUCUACUGUUUACAUGCUUUGAUGUUCAAAAAAUAUAUUAUGUUUCUCAUACUGCCUAUUGCUGCAGAUCCUCCACCUGAAACACUCUGUCUGAGCUAUUAGCCCACCUUCCUGGAAAGCCCAGUCUGCUCUGAUUGGUCAACUGGCCCACUCUGUUGUGAUUGGUAACCAAAUUCAAAAAAGCCACUGGGCGGGCUGUGCUUGCUCAGGCAGCACCAGUGGGUAGCACAUAUGAAAAACUGGGCUGGCAUUCUCAAUCAAUGAGAUCACUAAUUGAGGAAUUUCAGUCAGGAAUGUGGGCGAGGUAAUUUUUAGGCAGUUGAGAAAAAGUGCUGUCUGUGGGAGAGAAAGCUCCAUUUGGAGUGAAAUGUUUUUGUUUUUUUUACUUUAUACAUCUACUACAUUCACAAAAAACUAUACAGCAUACUAAAAGACGGGAAAAUCCAAAAAGCAUAAUAGGGGCUCUUUAAAUACAACAAUUUGCAGUUUUACGGGGCUUGUGUGCCUUUCUCUUUGCUCGAAGCAAAAACUUGGAACAUGGAGUCGAGAGUAGUUGUUCCAAGCCAAAAAAUAGUCCACCACAUAGAGAGGCAAAGUCCCUCCCCUUUCCGGUGGACCACUAUGGGGCCUUAUUUCGGAAAAUAAAUAUGUACAGUGGUGAAUGACGAGAGACAAAUAUUUAAUUGAUCCCGUUUGAAUGGAGCCAUGAAUUACACACGUGAUGUUCGUUGACGUAUAUUGUGUGAGACGAGAUAUGUAGUUCAUUGAUUGCUUUCACACAAUACUAAGUGGUACUACGACACACCUACGACAAACUAAGACUUUCUUGACUUGCAAAAUUAUCUUUUAAAUUGAGAAACAUUGUGUCUAAAUCUAGGUCAAAAAAAUGAUUUGUCUCUUGCCAUUCACUACCAUAAAUAUUUAAAAAAAUAAGGCUCAUGGGUUCACCCCUCCCCCAACAAAGAUGAACAGAAGUGAGAUGUCUCACUCUGUAGUUAAAACAGAGAGCUCAACACACAGGGUGAAAAGAGGAGCUGCAGCAAUCUCCAGUACAACAAAAAUAUGGUGUUUUCUGAAAAUUAAACCACAUAAACAUAUUCUGGUACAACCUCUAAAUACAAUUAUGAACCUGAAAAGGAGCAUAAUAUGAGCACUUUAAAGCAGAAUGUGGGUGCCAGAUAAUCAAACUCUCAGCAAGAAAGAGAUUAAGCGUUGAAAUAUGUCUUUGAAGUAUACAGAACGGGCUGGACGAGCCCUUGGAAGGGUUUGCAUUGAGCAGGUUUGAUUUGGGUGUGGUUAGCGUAAGAUCAGGAUCAGGUUCCUCUUAUUCAGGUUUUAAGAAAGAUGGGGGUUGUUUUGCUGCUUGAGAUUUACAUUUUCAGACAAAAUAUUCUGCGUCUGUGAGUCCUGGUGCAGAUUUUCUGUAAUAACAAUGGAAUCCAACCAGAGUAUUACGAACGUUGUCUGAACUGCUACAGCAUACAUCCCCCCGUGAAAAGCCAUCCCUCCUGGAGAAGGUCAGACCGAUUCUGCUGCUCAGAUGGCCAUUUUUCUAUGGCUUCCUCUUUUCCUUGUUUUGUUUAUCAACCCAUGUUCCUUAAGUUUAACUUUGCAUAUUGCACUGAAAUUAACUGCCUUGUUUUAGCACAGCGUGCGGUGAUACCACUCUGGUGUGACCCAAUCCAGUAAACACUGUUAUUAUUCACAGACAUCAGUGAUAAUCAAAGAAAAAGAAUGUGCUUGAAGCUACUGUAUUUACUCAAACUGGUUUAUCAUGUUGAUGCAUUUGUGAACCCAUAAGUCCUCCCAAAAUUCAAACAGAUUAUCUUUUGUGCAGCAGGGUGAGAGGAGUUAGGUUGUAAUGCCAAAGUAUCACUGACGUUCUAGCUUUAUUUAUUAUCUUUGUGCCAGUCAUUUAAUUGAUAUCAUAGCCACGGAUUUUUUUUUUUUUUUUUUUUAGAAACAUUUGCACAUUGGCUCGGCCCCCAGACCUGUGGUACAACUUCAUAAAACCACAGUUUAUAUGAAUUUGAAAAGAAGAAAAAAAGAUGCUUGUGUCGUUAAGUGUGUGUGCUGUGUAGUUUUGUAGCUCUAAAGGUAAAUGAGUUAUGUAAUUGACACAGCUCACCUUCGGUACCAGCUCAGCACACAAGAGGGCGAUAUUGCACAGAAAUGAAGUGGCAGCCUGAAUGCCUGAAAGAUGAUUGUGGAUUUUAAAGAAUAAUGAAAGUGCUACAGAGUGUUUUGAUACAGACAUUGGACAAAAAACAUGUUUUCUAUCCUAAUUUUCCCCCCGCAAAAAUGUAAGUGUUAAAUUUGAGAACCCCCCUCCUUUUUAUCCACUGAAUGCUCUACAUAUUGUUCAUACUACCUGCUUGAAUGUUUUAGCUCAAUUUCAGGGACCAAAUGUGAGUUGCUGCUGAUGACUCACCUGCUGUCAUAGCAAUGAAAUCUCUGUGAAGCUGUUUGUGGGGCAGUUUCUGCAUGUUUGUCUGUAUGUGUGGUUCAUAGGAGACAUGUGAGUAUUGUUGCUGUAUUUGGUGUCGGCAUGUGAGUAGUAUAACAGAAUUUAUUUUCUUUCCUUAGAGUGGGUUGUUCACAUUCUUUAGCGGACCCCUAAAGCGUCAGAAAGGGUGAGGACUUAAUUGUAAGUGACACCGCGUUCAGAGGAGCAGCUCACUGAGCAAUGUCUUACAAAAUGUGUUGGAAAACUUUUUUAUUUGAUGUGUUAGAAAUGACUAUUACUACAGAUGAAACCGGCAGACUGGACAUAAGUUGUGUGAUGUGAUGUACUGUACAUCCUGAGCUGUAUAUAGCCAUAGUGUACCAAGUCUUCACCUGGAGAGUGUAACCAAGAGCCGAUAUCAACAAACAAACCACUGGAUAGUAUUCAAGGUGAUUUUGGGAGUAUUCACACCCAGUGCCAUGAUCGCUCUGAUGAUGACUACUGCGUUUUAUUCUGCUCCAGGUUCUGUGAUUCAGCCGCCGUCUAAGUGGCUGUGUGACUGUGUACUGCAAUAUCUAAGGAGACACCCAGCAACUAAUAAUCCCCUCUAGACGUUUUAAAAUGCCAUCGCACUGCAGCAAGACGCCUAGCUCAAUAAUCCUGUCUCUUUCAUAGGCUUAUAACUAAAACUGCCCCCUCAGUCUCCUGUUGUCCAAAUGCCACAUAUUUCCCCUCGGACACUUGCUGUGUACCCGCUGUGAUUGCAUGUGCAGUGCAGCUCAGAUAAUGUGUGAAUGGGACUAUAUGGACAAUCCAACAAGAGACAAUGUUGUACAAAAACCCAAAGUGGCACUUGUAGAUAAUGUACAAUAUGUUCUUUUUUAAUUUUGUACCAGCCAAACCGCUGAUAUUUAUAACUAUUGCCUAUUUAUGUACAAAUUGUUCCUCCUGUACAUACUCAACAGCGAGUUGAAUUAAAAAUCUUUUGCAGUAUAAA